AUGGCACCCUCAAAGGACGAACAACUUCAGGGGGAGCUGGCGUCGUCGUCUUCGGACGACAACAUUGCCAUCGAUGACAAGAAGGGUGAAGUCGUUGACAGCGACCUGCCACCUCUUCCCACCAUCGAACAUGACCUCAAAGUAGGAAUUGCCGAACACGAUCUCCUAGCAGAUCCCAAUCUCGAUGCAAGCUUCAGGGACAAGGUCAUUGCUGCUCUAGAGCAUGGUGAUGUCGCUGCCGAAAAGGAGCUGGAACAGGUCUUGCUCAAUGACUCCAUCUACCCCGAAGUCGCUGCAGCCGUUGCUGCCGUCGACGACCCCGACAUGCCCGUCAACACCUUCCGUGCAUGGUUCCUCGGCAUGCUCUUCGUCAUCAUCCUCAGUGGUGUCAACCAGCUUCUGUCCUUCCGUUAUCCCUCGGUCACCAUCACUGGUCUAUGCGUGCAGCUCGUCUGCUACCCCUUCGGAGUCUUCAUGGCCAAGGUACUUCCGACCAGGGCGCUCAAGACGCGCUGGGGCAACUUCAGUCUCAACCCUGGACCUUUCAACGUCAAGGAGCACACUGUCAUCUCGAUCAUGGCGACCGUCGUCUAUCAGCGAGCUUACGCCACCGACCUUCUGAUCGUCCAGGAUCUGACCUAUGGGCAGCCUGCGCCUUUCGGAUAUUCGAUCCUUGUUGUGCUCUCCACUCAGAUCAUCGGCUUCAGCUUCGCAGGCUUCUGUCGCAGAUACCUCGUUUACCCAGCUGCCAUGAUCUGGCCCGCAACCUUGGCCUACUGCUCUCUCCUGUCGACUUUGCACCAUCAAAAGCAGGAGGACACACGCUACAUGUCACGACAAAAGUUCUUUGGUAUCGCGUUUGGCGUAGUCUUCUUCUGGUACUUCUUCCCAGGAUACAUCUUCACUGCACUCAGCAACUUCGCUUGGGUGACCUGGAUCGCUCCCAACAACAUCGUCGUCAACCAACUGUUCGGAACCAGUUCGGGACUGGGCAUGUCUCUGAUCAGCUUUGACUGGUCUCAGAUCAACUACAUCGGUUCCUCGCCUUUGGUGACGCCUUGGUUCACACAAGCCAAUGUUAUCUUCUCUCUGGUGCUCUUCUUCUGGGUCUGUGCACCUGCGAUGUACUACAGCAACGUCUCUCACUCCAAGUAUCUUCCCAUGAGCAACAGUCACACCUUCGACCGCUUCGGUAACAGAUUCAACACGAGCAACAUCAUUACCCCACAGGGAACCUUUGAUGCAGUCAAAUACAACAACUACAGCGCCCAGUAUCUUCCGACGGUCUUCUCGAUCUCCUAUGGACUUUCAUUCGCGUCGAUGACCGCCACCCUGGUGCACACUGCACUCUUCUCUGGCAAGGACCUCAUCAGGCAAUUCAAAUCGUCUCGCACCGAAGAGCCUGACGUCCACGCCCGUUUGAUGAAGUCUUACAAGGAAGUGCCAGUCUGGUGGUAUGUCGCUACCUUUGUGGUCUCGAUUGUCUUUUCCAUCAUUUCCAUCGAGGUCUGGGACACACAGAUGCCGGUCUGGGCUCUCUUCAUUGGACUCUUGCUCGGUGCCAUCUACACUCUCCCAAUCGGUAUGAUCUAUGCUGUCAGCAACAUCGAAGUCGGUCUUAAUGUCCUGUCAGAGUUCAUCAUCGGAUAUGCUCGCCCGGGCAAGCCGAUCUGCAUGAUGCUCUUCAAGACCUACUCGUACAUCUCGAUGUACCAAGGAGUCAGCUUCCUCCAGGACCAAAAGUUCGCCCACUACAUGAAAGUGCCACCUCGUACGGUCUUCAUGUCGCAACUUCUCGCCACCAUCGUGUCCGCCUUCGUUCUUCUGGGUGUGCAGAUCUGGGCUCUUGCGAACAUCAAUGGCAUCUGCACACCCGAUGCCGACGACUCUUUCAUCUGCCCCAACACGACCGUCAUCGGCACUGCUUCGGUGAUCUGGGGUCUCAUUGGACCUAAGCUCAACUACUCUGCUCAUCAAGAGUACAACGCCUUCCUGUACUUCUUCCUGGUCGGUGCCAUUGUUCCCAUCCCUACCUGGUUCCUUGCCAAGCGUUAUCCCAAGUCCUGGAUUCGCUACGUCAACUGGCCUGUCAUCUUCACCGGUACAGGCUUCAUUCCACCUGCCACUGCUUACAACUACACCUCGUGGGCAUUUGUCGGCUUCCUCACGCACAAAGUCUGGCGCAGGAGGAACUUCGGUAGCUGGAGCAGGUACAACUACGUCCUGUCCGCCGCCCUUGAUGCAGGCACUGGUCUUUCGACUGUUUUCAUCUUCUUUGUCCUGAUCUUCCCGGCCAGCAAGUCGACGGCCUUGGAGAACUGGUUCGAUGGCUCGUGGUGGGGCAACCUUGCCUCGGCCAACACCCUGGACUCUGCUCAGGCGUCCUACCUCUCGGCAAGCUUGACUAACCCCUUCACUGGGACGCCUGCCGAGCUUGGCAUUGGGGCUUGA